AUGACGGCAUGGCGGGAAUAUCGGGACCACAAAAGGCGAACGAUUCUCUCUACCUAUCAGGUCUUGGGGUUCCUCUCGUCGGGCACGUACGGUAGGGUGUACAAGGCUUGUCUUCGGCAUCCCGAGGCACCCGAACGAACAAGUCGGCAGGGAAGUCAAAGAGGUGGGAGCAGCAGCAGAGUACCGAGUCCAAAUGGUGCGAAGAAUGGGAAAGCAAGAGAGAACGAGCCCGAUGCAGGCGUGUAUGCGAUCAAGAAGUUCAAGGCAGACAAGGAGGCGGAGGCGCCAAGCUACACCGGCAUCAGUCAGAGCGCAAUGAGGGAGAUUGCUCUCAAUCGCGAGCUACGGCAUGAGAACAUUGUCACAUUGAGAGAGGUCAUGCUGGAAGACCGCGCCAUCUACAUGGUCUUCUCCUAUGCAUCGCAUGACUUCCUGCAACUGAUCCACCACCACUCUACAGUUCUUCGCGAGGGGAUCUCGCCCACUGUGCUCAAAUCGCUCCUCUUCCAGCUCCUCUCCGGGGUGCAUUACCUCCACUCCAAUUGGGUCCUGCACCGAGAUCUGAAGCCCGCAAACAUCCUACUCACUCACUCUGGUGUCGUCAAGAUAGGAGAUUUGGGUCUAGCCAGACUGUAUUCCCAGCCUCUACAGCCCCUGUACAACGGAGAUAAGGUUGUCGUCACCAUCUGGUACCGAGCUCCCGAGCUACUCAUGGGCGCCCGUCAUUACACGCCCGCCAUUGACAUGUGGGCCGUGGGGUGCAUCUGGGGCGAGCUGCUCAGCCUGAGGCCGUUAUUUAAGGGUGAAGAAGCGAAGAUGGAGGGUAAGGGCAAGCCCUCUGCUGUUCUUCAGACGGACCAGAUGGCAAAGAUUGUGGACAUACUCGGUCCACCUAGCAAGGAGCGAUGGCCUUCCAUUGAUACGAUGCCCGAGUGGCGAGGCUACUGCGCGGCAAUGAGGUUCGGACCGGACGACGGGCACUCUUCGAAGCUGUCCAAUUGGUUCGCAAGCCGCUCGCGCCCUCCUCACGGCGCCAGCCUCUUCGAGAGACUCCUGAUGUACGAUCCAGGCAAGCGGGUGACGGCGGAGAGGGCUCUUGAGCAUGCGUGGUUCAAAGAGGAGCCUGUGCCUACGCGCAACGCCUUUGCCUCUCUGCCGCUUGGCGUAUCCAUCUAUCCUCCAAGGAGGCUGCACAGCGACACGACGGACCCCGUGCUGAACGUCGACCCAUCGCAGGUAGCUCCAGCACUGAUCAAUAGCGGCGGAGGUGGGCUGGGAGGCGGUACCUCGAUGGCCUUUCCUGGACCUGCCGCCCCUGCUCCCGCUCCAGCGUCGGGAGGUAGUCUGCCGAAUAGUGUUGGGCCUAGUGGCUACCUCAACUCGGUGUCUGGAGGAGUCGGUAUCGGGCAUCUCGGCGGGAUCGCGGGUCUGGGACAGUCGUCGAGCGCGACGGGCAGGGGAGGCAUGGUUGCGACGGCCGCUGCUAAUGCUCAGAACAAGCGAGCCAAGCUGGGCUAAGCGUAAGGCGUCAGGGCCGAAGAGAGAAAGAUCAUUUCCUGGGCCGUCAGAGCGGAAACGACUUGUUGUACAUACAUCUCCUGAGCUAAAUCUAUACCUUUCUCAUC